AAUUGUCCCUUCAAGCUCACCGUAGUGUUCAUUUUUUGACUGUGUGGCACCAUCGGUUCACUAAAACUAGCCAAACAAACUACUUUUGUAUUAGGUUUUAUUCUCUAUUAAGGCUCAAAAAUGAACGUCCAGCCUUCAAACCCCAAUAACCCCAUCGUGUUCUUUGACGUGACGAUAGGAGGACAGGAUGUUGGAAGGAUGAAGAUUGAACUGUUUGCAGAUGUUGUUCCCAAGACUGCUGAAAAUUUUCGGCAGUUCUGCACGGGGGAAUUCAGGAAAGAUGGUGUUCCUAUAGGAUACAAAGGAUGUACCUUCCAUAGGGUUAUUAAAGAUUUCAUGAUUCAAGGUGGCGACUUUGUAAAUGGAGACGGCACAGGGAUCUGCAGCAUCUACAGAGGUCCAUUUGCAGACGAAAACUUCAAACUGAAACACUCUGCUCCCGGCUUGCUGUCUUUGGCAAACAGUGGCCCGGGAACAAACGGCUGCCAGUUUUUCAUCACCUGUACAAAAUGCGACUGGUUAGACGGGAAGCAUGUCGUGUUCGGCAAAGUGGUGGACGGUUUGCUUAUCAUGAGAAAAAUCGAGAAUGUGCCCACAGGACCAAACAACAAACCCAAACUACCCAUCGUCAUCGCCCAGUGUGGAGAAAUGUGAUUUCUUCUUCUUCUUUUCCUCAUCUUUUUUUAAAUAAACAGCUGUAUUUGUUGUCAUUUGUAUGCACUGGUUUAUUAUAUUUACGUCACC